GUCGAUGUUUUAUCGGCUCUGACAACUCACCCAGUUUGGCAAAACCCCGGGCUGAGCCAACGUGCUGUCCCUGCUGGUCUGUUUCUUGGCCUCACUCGCGGUAACUUCUCAAACACCAAUGAACAAAAAAUCAGACCACUGUCAAGGCGCACCCAGAUGAUCUUCAGCGCUAUCGCUGGCUUUCCGCCCUCGCGGGUUUCGAGUCUCAGGCAGUGGCGGGCUGCGGGUUUGUCUCUUUCUCUGCAAGACAUGCAUGCAGGCCAUGCUCAAACCACACACACACAGAGAGAGAGAGAGGCACACGGACACAACGUCUGUUCCGCCGAUUGCUUUUCGGGCCUUCCGCCCAACUUUAGAAGCGUGACAUCAGGACCCCGUCCACGACCCUCCGCCACACCAUACUUUAAACUUGCCAAGACAACGGGCUGGGCGGAUUAUUUGACAGACUCAUCCCAGUUUUAUGUGUGCGUUGGCCGGCAGAUAUUACAAUUUAUCCUACUUUGAUAGUUUUGGCGCCCGAAUGUCCGAUAUCAUGUCACCUGCCCGUGCCAUGCCCACUGUCGAGACUGUUCCCGAGGCCCGCGACGCAGACCAAGGGCCCAAUGGCGAGCAUCAAGAUUACAACAACAGGCCAGAGGAUCACCACGGUUCCGAGGGCACGGCCGGCCGCGAGAACAGCUGGCUGCCCUCGAUCAACGACGACCUUCUCAUAAGGAGACACCAGUCCGGCUCACCGCAGCUGCAUCCCCUGCUAAAGCCACGCCCGAGGAGCAGAGACAGGCGGAGGAGCAGCGGGAUACCGGUAGCGAGGCCUGACAACAUACCCCGACGCGCCUCGGCCGACUUUAUCUGGCACGGCUUCGAGGAGGACCGCGCUGGCUCCAGUGCCUCGGAUAUCGACCCUCGAAGCUCCCUACCGGUAUCACGCAGGCCAACGAGGGAGCAGAAACGGGCGCGUCUGUCGCCCCAGUCCGGGAAUUCGGGGCUGCCGCUGCCCGCAGCCAGACUGAGUGCCCGGGAAAGCUCACAUACUGACGAGCCUACGCCCAAGAGGACACCUUCAAGGGCGGGGAUGGUGCCAGAGCCACAGUUGGCAGCAGUUGACGAUGACGCUGCCGUCGAGGCGGGGAAAUCCUCCAUUCCGGACUUCCUUGACAAGCUGGACGAGGAUCUGCCAGCCACCACAGUCGAUGGCAUCGAGCAGAAUAUGGCGGAGGCUGCAUCAUGGAGCAGCGCCAACAACGACGGAAAGGCUUCACCCAGCGCCCGGAGCUCCUCCUCGUCCUCCACCUCAGACAGUCCAUAUAGCGAUCUAUCAUCCGAGAGGACAACAGACACGGAGCGAAGCUCCAGCCCGGAGAGGAGUGUGGACGCCGGCGAGACUCCGGCGGCCUCAGUCCUCAACUCUAUCGCAUCCAGUCUGCAGGCAAUUCACACCAAGCGCCGCAGCAGCCUCUUCGACGUCGACCGCUACGGCACGCCCGAAAUGCCACGGGGGACGGCCAACCUACCACAUAUUCCAGUCAGCGUCCUGACGCCGCGGGUGCCCAACCAGGGCCACCCAAAGCAUCUCCCUCGGGCCGAGAAGCUGCCGCUAUCAGGCUACGAGCUGCUCGCGUCACGCAUCUCGGCGUCGUCGGCGACAGACCCAAUGCCCCGGAGCCACCCCGGGUCCUCUGCCAGCUCCUCGUCAACCGCCACCCCGCGCGAUCACAUCCCCAGGCGCCACAGCAGCGCCAGCAACAUGGUCUGCCGGAGCAGCCUGCUGGAGCCGGAGCCCACAAUCCAGCCCAUCUACCGGAGGUUCAAGGCCAUGAACCACCGGCUGCUGCUUCACCUGCAGGACGAGCUGGCCGAGCUGGAGGAGCAGCUGCACAGGUUGGACACAGCCGACACCCAGACAAGACGGCUACAAAACCGUAUAUUACCCGCGAGCAGGCGGGCUGAGGCCCUGGCUGGGGGGGAGCUCCAGUCGCACAAGGCCGAUAUCUUGGCCAAGAUCGGGCUCAAGCUGGCCCAAUACAACCACGCCAUGACAUCCUUCACAUCCACGCGGGACAUCCCAUCACCGUCCCCCUCCGACGUGAACGAAUACCGCCGCUACCUCGCCACCCACCAGCCAGUUACCGAGAUCGAGGCCCGAUUCCUCGACUCCACCGACGACCUCGUUACCCUCGCCCCGCCAACAACCUCUUCAUCACCAGCCCCGAGCCGCGCCCCGAGCCCCCUGUCGAGCGGCACAAUAGCAGCAGUGGCCGCCGCCGCCGCCCGCGACCAGCAUUACUACCAGGCCCUCAAGAGCACCCUCGACGCAGCAUCAUCCGCGGCCAGCGAGCCCACGCCCGCCCCCACGUCUGCGCCCACGUCUGCGCCCACUUCUGUACCAACACCGGCGCCCGCACCGGCGCCGCCCACCACCUCCACCGCCAGCGGAGCGGCACCCGCACUGCCCGAAGAACCACCAGUCUCCCCCAUCCCCAUCCCGGGGACCAUGCACGGCAACUCGUGGCGCACGAACCGCGGGCACCUGCGCGGGAGCAGCAGCGUCAGCCACAGCACGAGCCCGGGCCUCGUAGGCCUGGGCCUAGGGCUGGGCCCGGGGUCGGCGGGGUUUUCCACGCCGCGGGGGGUGACGCGGCCGCGGUCGAGCUCCGAGGCCCUCACGCCGCGGGUGUUGACGCCGAGGUCAGGCACGCCGCCUGUAGUGGCUGGGGCGGCGGUGGGCAAGGCUUACCCUGCUCCCAGCCCCGGCCCCGCGUCAGCGCUGCCGAAAAUCAAGAUUGAGAAGCCCAACACCAUGAUGGGCAGCAGUAGUGCAAAGGGACGAGGAGCGGAGGAGGAGGAGGAGGGGCCAGCCGCCCAUGCCUCGCCGGUGGUCCUCCACGUGGCCGUCGCCCUGGCCGUGGCGGUCCUGCUGCCCAUCCUCGCGUUCCCGUCCAUCCCCGGGCUGCUGGGCCGCCUGAUCGUCGUGUUCCUCGUGGGCAUGUCCGUCGCCGGGUCGGUCGUGCAGUCCGGGAGCGUGGUUGGGCCCGGCAGCGGCGCCGCUGGGGGGUAUAGCCGGGAUUUGUUUGUGAGCGUUGCUCUUUAUACUGGGGUCAUGGGUGUGGUGGCGGGAGUAUUUUAGACAGCUUGCUUCGGGGCCCUUUUGGGUUGAUUGCUCCAUGCUUGCUUUCGCGUCAUGAUUGGGGAGUGGUGUUGGUGGACGACGACAUAGAUGAGAUAGAAAUCAACUACAUGGAGAG